AUGCAGGAGGACUGUGCGUCCGUCAGCAGCCAGCGCCGUCGCCACGGCGGUUCAGCAUCGUAUGACAGCACCCAUCAGCAGUGUCUGAAGGACGACGAGCAGGUCCUGGCGGCUCAGCGCCUCGCCGAGAGGGACGCGCGGAAGCCUCAGUUGAGGAAGCGUUCACGGACAGCCGCCGUCCCCGGGCCGUAUCGACGAACGGCGUGCUGGGCAGCUACAGUAUUGCGCGGUGCUGGGGGCCACACCCCUCGGGACUGGGAUGAGGCAUCACGACGCGGUUUGCUUUUGGCGCCCUCCCCGUUGAAUGAGGGUCUGCCUGCAUGUCACUGGAGAACUGCACCAUUACCUUUCGAGAAGAAUGCCACCCUGCGUCAUCCAGGAACCAACGGCAUGUCGCGGUGCCCUUGCAGCAACCUAGCGCCAGCAAGGUGCCGCGGCGAAUGCGCAGUUGCGCCGCUGUGA